AUGAAAGAAAAACAUGAAUUCUUUGGAGAAGUUGAAGAAGAGACAGAUAGGCAAGUAGUAAUUAAGCCUAUUAAAAAUCAACAAUCCAAAAAUCUAACUAAACCAUCUAGUAAUAAAGAUGAAUCUUUGAUCAAUAAAGAAUUUAACCGUCUUAGUAUGAUUACUGGAGAUAAUGAAAGGGAUAUAUUAUUUCGAGAAGAAAAUAUGGGCCCAGCAUUAAAAAGACGAGCUGUAGCUGUACAUAUUGCAAAA